CGGGCGCUGAGUGGGAACCGGGAACGGGAACGGGAACGGGAACGGGAACGGGAACGGGAACGGGAACGGGAACGGGAACCGCCCCAGGCCCCUGGGGACCGGCGGACUGAUUCCAUCUCACAAUGAGUCAGUUUAACAAUAGCAUUGAGCCAAACGUUAUUGAUGAUGAAAUGCUUCAGAAAGCCAUUGAGGAGAAGUGUCCAGAGGACCUUGGAGAUACUGCCAGAGAGGAAAGUAUCAACGUUAAAGUUGUGACAGAGAUACAAUUCAGUUUUAAAAACAUCCUGCAGAUUAAUAAUCUGUGGCCAUUAGAAAAUCUGACUAAACUGCAGCUGGACAACAACGUCAUUGAGAAGAUAGAAGGCCUGGAGAGUCUGGUUCACCUUGUAUGGCUUGACCUGUCUUUCAACAAUAUUGAAGUAAUUGAGGGCCUGGAUACUCUUGUCAAACUGCAGGACCUCAGUCUCUACAAAAACAGAAUAUCUAAAAUUGAGCACAUGGACACAUUGCAAGAGCUGCAGAUUUUCUCCAUAGGGAAGAAUAACCUGACCAUUCUGGAAGAUGUGAUCUAUCUCAGGAGGUUAAAAAGCUUGCAGACACUGAACCUCAGUGGGAACCCUUUCUGCAGUGAAGAGCACUACAGGCUGUUUGUUGUUGCUCAUCUUCCCAGCCUGGUGUACUUGGACUUCAAGCUCGUGAGAAACUCCACGAGAAAAGCUGCAGCUUUAAAGUACCAAAAUCUCACUAAGCCGUUGGAGCAAGAGGAGGCUGAGGUCCUUGCUCUGCAGGAGGCAGAAGAUGCAAAGCAGAGAGAGCUGGAGUACCACCAGGCAGCCUUUGUUGAGUACCUGAAUGGAUCAUUCCUGUUUGACAGUCUGCAUGAGGAGGAUGGAGAAGCUGCCAAACUGGCUUCCCUCCCUGGAGUGGAGGAGCUGCUGCAGGCAUACAAGAAGGAGUUUGUCUUAGUUUGUGAGAACCUGUACAACUAUGGACUGGAAGAGUUUGAAAAACGAGAAGCUGAAGUCUCUAAAUUCUACAAAAGGCUCCAUGAAAUUCUGGCAGUCAACCAGCAAGAAAGCAAGAGAAUAAUCUCAGACUUUGAGAGUCGGAACCAAAGGAGGCUGGAUGAGCUUUAUCAGGCCAGGAGUGGUGAAAUUGCUGAGUCGAAACGAGCCCAGGGCAAGGAGGACAUCCAUCAGCUGUGGGAUGCACUCAUGACCUUGGAAGCACUGGUGUCCAACGACCUGGAGGAACUGUUACAGGAUUUUAAAAGAAGCAUUGAUGUCAUAGCAUCAACAUUCACUGAAAACAUUCAAGGGAUGUUUAGCCAGUGCCGGGACCUGGAAAACCAACACCUUGAAAAGCUGAUGGAGAUUGUCAAGGCCACCCUGAAGAAAGUGGACCGCUACGAGCUUGAAGAGGAUUUUCCAGAUGAUCUUCGAAAGCUCUUUAAGAACAAAAACACCGUUGUCAACAUCAUCAACGUGUCCCACAGCAUCCGCCUGCGGAAGAUUGACAAGCGAGAGAGCGACAUGCUCUCCAACAUCUACCAGUGGCAGAAGUCAGUGACAGAGAAGGCUUUCCAAACCGAGAGCGACAGGAACCGCGCCUGCAUCGAGAAGAUCAUCUGCUUCAUCAACACUCUGCAGAAGGAGCUGGAUAGCACAGUGAUCCUGGAGCCUGCAGAAUAGGGCUGGGGAGCUGCCUCAGCUGCAGCACACAGGACAGCCCCCAGCAGGAACAGCUGCCUCUCCAUGGCCAAGCUGCCUGGGACAUUUCAGACCAAAUGCACGUUUCUUCCAUCCCACCAUAAACUGCAAAUAAAAGCUACUUUUCUGGAAAAGCAUCCAAAGCCCUGUCUCUUCCAUCACAGUGGCACAAAGCCCGUGCAGACAACUCAGACCUGGUCACAAGGGGUUAUGGAUCAGCUGUGAGCUGAUUGAACCAAAUCAUCGCAGCAUAUCAUGCCUGAAAGCUUCAGUACCUGCGAGCUCAGUGGCAGGAACCUGUGAGCUGCUGGCACGAGGCAGCAGCUCGGGAGAGGAACACUCUCCAUCAAACCACCCCCGAGAUAACAGCAGGUUUCCAGCUCAGCAAGCACAAGGCUGGCGGGGGCUCCGUAUGCCUGGGAGCCUCAUCUUCUCACCCCUUCUCACAAUCAGCUUUCUGCAGCGUGAGCAGAGCAGCCCCCAGCCAGCAGGAAGGGAAAUCAAUGGUUCCACAGGAGCUCACGCGCCGCCGCUCGCGACAGCCGAGCGAGGAGUCAUUAAUUCCCCUCCUUGCUUGGUGACAGGGCUGCCACGCUCCUUGUGGGCAGCUUCUGAGGAAUGCUGCUGGCCAGGGUGCUGCUGCUCCAGGCAGGCAGCAAGGAGAAGGUGGGAAGGUUAAAUGAGAGGGUGGCUGUGUGCUCGCCAGGGGCAGAGCAGGUCUCAGAUGUGGCUGGUGCUGCCUGUCAAACACAGAUUCAGCUCAUCAUGCUCUGUGCUUCUGGAGAUGGCUGGAGCCCAGGUUUUACCCCUCUUGCUGCAGGAAUACACAGUUGUCUCCUUGCUAACUCCUCAGCUGCAUGGAGUGGUUCACACAGUAGUCAGUGUCUGCUCUGCUCUGUGAUUUUUAAUACCUGGAGCCAUCCCAGCCCCUGCCCACAAGCUGGCAGCUCAGGACCCACCCCACAGUUUGGUGACUAAGACAAAGACACACAGCUUCUGGUACCUCACAGGGGCGAGUCUUUAAUGGAACACAGAGACCCUGGUGUUACAGACAGGCACGCUGAGGGAUGAACAACAGAUGCAGUGGAGUCUGUUUUCAGAUUUCCAUAACAAGUGUGUGUCAGGAGCUGGCAGCUAUGAAGACAUGUGGCAUAUGCUGGGUAUGUCUGUGCCGUGCCCUGCCCAGGAAGCUGUUUCUUCCGUGAGAGCUCCUCUGAUGAGUUACAGACACCAGGAAAGGACGGAGCUGCUGGCUCGGGGAUUCAGAGAAACUCACCUUGACCCCUCCUCCUUGUGUGCUGCACUGCAGCAGGCAAUCCAACUGAAGAGCUGCCCACAAAACCACAGCACAUGAAGC